AUCAUUAGAAAUCAGCUCAAGUUCAUACGUCUCUCUGUGUUAAUUAAAGUGCUAAUACACGAACAAUAGCAACGGUGAUAUUAUUUUAAUCGUGAUAAGUAUUAAAGUGUUCAAUUGUUGGAAGGAAAAAAACGAUACCUCGGGAUAAAGCAUCGAGGUAGGACAGAAUUUUCUCGAGGCUUCCUACCGGAAGUUCUCUGUGCUGUAAUUUAUCACUCAGGGGGCCAACACACGCGCAACAACGGACAACCCCACAGGACCGGGGGGUGCUUCUCGUGUCUCGGGAGGAAGGUCAGGGUCCUCACAGUAACCUUGGCUUUUACAGCAAAAACAAAAAAACAAAUUCAUACCUACAUUUAUUAAGCCCUUACUAAGUCCCAAAGUCGCUGAGCGAAAAAGAACAUUUGAGAUACGAAGUUUAAAGCGCUUCGAGUAGUUUAUCCGAAAAAUCUUAAACAAAGUAACACAUUUGCGAGUCGCCUGCAUUUAUCAACCACCGAGAUUAAAAAGUUCGAUGCCUUCCAGGGACGAUAAUCGCUCCCUAUCCACUGAGCGACGCUGGAUCCCUCCUUCAACUGUUAGACGCGAUGCUUUCACCCCAGAAAACAGAAAUGAUUUCAUCUUCCGUAAGGUGCGGGGUAUUCUUAACAAGCUCACACCGGAAAAGUUCGCAAAGCUGAGCAACGAUUUGCUCAAAGUUGAGCUCAAUUCCGAUGUGAUUCUCAAAGGUGUUAUUUUCCUGAUCUUUGAAAAAGCACUCGAUGAACCCAAGUACAGUUCUAUGUACGCACAGCUGUGCAAACGGCUGGCCGACGAAGCACCUAAUUUUGAAUCCCAAAGGCCAACAAUCGAAGGUCAAAAAGCUCAAAGUACAUUCAGACUAUUGCUCCUCAACACGUGUAAAGCAGAAUUCGAAAAUCGUUCAAAAGCCAAUGACGCAUUCGAGGGACAGGAUGAUCUCGGGCCGGAGGAGGAGGAACGCCGUCAAUUGGCUAAACGAAAAAUGCUCGGUAAUAUCAAAUUCAUCGGAGAACUUGGUAAACUUGAAAUCGUAUCCGCGUCUAUACUGCACGGCUGUAUCCAGCAGUUGUUACAGCAUAAAAGACGAGCCAAGGGACCCAGGGGGGACAUGGCCGAGGAUAUCGAGUGUUUGUGUCAAAUUAUGCGUACAUGUGGCCGUAUCCUUGACUCGGAUAAGGGCCGAUUCCUCAUGGACCAAUACUUUGAACGUAUGAACUCACUGGCUGAGAGCUGUGAUUUACCAUUGCGCAUACGUUUUAUGUUGCGUGACGUUAUUGAAUUACGACGCGACAAUUGGGUACCACGUAAAGCAACAAGCACCGAGGGCCCAAUGCCAAUUAAUCAAAUCCGCAAUGACAACGACGACACCUCAAGAAGCACAAGCUCUUAUCACAACAGACAACGUGAGGAUCGUCUUGGUGGUAAUGAUUUUCUACGUAAAAUUGGCAGACCCGGUAUUGACAUGGAUAUUGUUGGCAGUAUACCACUGUCAUCACCAUCAUUUGGAUUAUCACCAUUCAGUCCAAAUGGCUUUCCAACACCACCAACUGGUGGUUAUGGCCGGCAGAAUCAGCGUAAUCAAACACCAGGUGGUUAUUUUCCAAAUCAAAAUAGACAUCAGAAUAAUUAUCCUGGUAAACACAAUCAACAACAACAUAAUUCACCCCAGAAUUACAAUAACAAUGGUAACAAGGAUCAGUUGCGUUUCAAUAAAUCCAAAAUGCUAAUUGGACAUCCUGAGGAGGUAUCACUCCGUCCAUCAACAACAUCGAUGAUGUUUAAUAAACAGGCUACUAUUAAACCAGCUAGUCUACCCUUGACUUCAGAUAUAUUCCAAGGUCGUCCUCUUGAAUCACCUCUGAUGAGGGCACCAGCAAUCAAAACAACUCCACCAUUACCGCACAAAGAAACAUCACCGGCUAUUGUUAUCAAACAGGGCCCACUUGAUAAACGCGAUAAGGCACGUGAUCGCAAAGACAAGGGCCCCACUAGGGAGGAAAUUGUUAAGAAAGUUAAUGCUAUGAUGGAUGAUAUGUCAUCGGAGACUAAUGUUAAAGAUGCUAUCACCAGUUUCAAGGAUCUCAAGGCACCAGAGAGAUUCAUGCGUCAUGCUGUCUACACUAUUUACUCCAAUACACUGGAGAGAGGGGAUUCGGAGAGAGAAUUUGCUGUUAAAUUUGUCGCUGAAAUGAGAAAGGAGAGUCUGGUUACUGUCCAACAGAUGAGCGAAGGUUGGAAGGAACUCAUUGCAAGUAUUGCUGAUAAAGAGAGCACUGUGCCAUGUGUUGCCUCUCAUGUUGCAUCUAUUACGGCCAAGGCCAUUGUCAACAGUUUGAUGCAUCUUCAGGAUCUUGCUUCGGUUACCGAGAAUGGACAGCAUCAUCCCCUGUUUUUGCUUACUCUGCAGCAACUGCACAAGAGCCAGGGUAAAGCUGUUCUAACACAGAUAUUUAAUGACAGUAAAGUCAAUCUUAUGAGCCAAUUACCCGAGGCCGAGAAGACCAAGGAAAGACUUGGAGAAAUUCUCGAGGAUCGUGAACUGACAUUCUUGUAUCCUCUGUUGAGGAUUCAGGGAGAUAUGUGGCGUCAGCUGGAAAGCGAUCCCAGUCCACAGGCUUUCUACAAGUGGAUUAAGGACAAACUAGAUCCUGCACAUCAUUCUGAUCCGGGAUUUAUCAAUGCACUUAUGACCGUCCUUCUCAAGUACAUAACGCAGGAAACUACACUUGCCUCUGGUGUCGACACAUCGAGCGUACCAGACAAGUCCCUGCAGGAGAAGGAACGUGGACUCUUACAAAAGUACACCCGUGUACUCGAGUCAUUUCUCACUACCAUCGAUGCUCAGGUAACUGCCGUUCACUCGCUACAGGUGUUCUGUCUGUCGCAUGAUUUCCCAAAGGGAAUGUUGCUGCGAUGGUUCGUGGCACUCUAUGAAUUAUCAAUUAUCGACGAAGAAGCCUUCAUCAAGUGGAAGGAGGAUGUCACCGAUGCUUAUCCUGGCAAAGGCAAAGCCUUGUUCCAAGUCAACUAUUGGUUAACCUGGCUCCAGGAGGCGCCUUCUGAGGAGGAGGAGGACGAGGGAGACAACUAGAUAAAUUUGUUGGGUAAACCGCCCGAAGACAGGGGCUCACAAUCCCCGACCCAAACGACAACCUAUUAUUUCACAUAGGGUUUUAAUAUCCGUGCUAACGCUGAUCCGUGGGUUUCAGUUUUACUUGUUUACGUUGUCUCUUUCAACAAACAACAAAAAAAAGCAAAAGGAAAAAAAACAGAAAAAUCAACUGAAAAAACUUGAAAAAAAAAAAUGAAAAAAAUCAGAGUGAACAUCUUGUGAGAGACCAGGAGGGAAGAAGGGGUCGUGCACGCUCGUUGAAGAUGCCGAAGACGAGGAGUUGAUGCAUCCAUAAUUCGACAAAUGAUACUUUAGUGGGAAGGGGGAAUGGGGAACAGGAGAAACGUGAAAUUAUUGAUCAACUGAGAAACAAAAUGGCUAGAACAGUAUGCAACGACUCAUGAAUGUGUGUGUGAGUGGGGAAGCGUGUCAUGUGGAGACCCCGAAGGCAGAAGUUUUAAAUGUUUUAGAUAAUUGAAUACUAAUAUUGAUUUAUAUCUGAAAAUGGGAAAUAAGAAAAUGAACUUCAGGCCCCUGAACUUUUGAAAUAGUAGGCCAUUCAAUUUGUUUUUUCUUUGAUUUGUUGGUAAUGAUCAUUGGUACAUGGGGGAGGGGGGUCAAUUAACAGAGCUAUUGAUUACGUGAAAAACGACUAAAUACGAAAACUAUUAAAAUUAGUUACGAUCAAUUUUGUGUUGUCCAAGUUUUUGUCUAGUAUUGUGCGUGUGUCACAUUAAUCAACUUUUUUUUUCUUCUCUUUUGUAAGUCUUUUUUGUCCAUUGGACCUUCAUAGAAGUAUAGCCAAGUCAUUUGUUAUAUCUGUGUACAAUCUUUUACAUUUGUUAUAGAAGAUGAUCAACAAAUGUGACAAUUCGAAAGGAAAAAAAAUAUGAAGUGCAGACUUUUCCAAUGAAUUGAUAAACUUAAUUGAUUUGAAUUUGUGGAGAAUGGGGGGAAUAUAAUAAAUAUAAAAGUGAAUGGAGAUUUUUUGGUGUUCAUGGAGCCAGGGGGCAAUCAAAUGUCAUCUGCUUGCCAUUAAGAGACUCUAGACUUCAUGAAUCAUUAAUUAAGCAUCCAUUAAAACUUAAGGUAACAGAGACAUUAGCUAGACUUAGUGGCAUCGAUUUGAACAAAAAAAAAACGUGCAGGAAACUGGAUGAAUCAAUAAACUUUUGCCUCUUGUGUAA